AUGAUCCCCAACAUCCACACCCUCACCCUCCUCCUCGCAACCACCCUCACAACCCCCACCCUGGCCGCCACCAACCACCCUCCCAAACCCUUCCACCCCUCCAAACCAAUCCUCCUCCGCCAAUCCGGCGGUUUCACCAUCGGCGGCCGCGUUAUCCCCCACCCCACCAUCCCCAACAUAACCCUCUCCUGCGACCACGGCUACAUCGAAUACUUCACGCCUUGGCGUCCCCGCCGCACAAGCAUCGUCAUGUGGCACUCCUCCAGCACGCAAACCUUUCAAAACCGCUGGGACGGCGGCGAAGGGUUCAAAGACAAGUUCCUCCGUCGCGACUACCCCGUCUAUCUCUGGGAUGGGCCCCGGGUGGGCAGGGCGAACUGGGCGUGUGCCCCGACGAGCUACGCGCCGGAUUAUCGGGAUCAGGGGAAUUUCGUAGCGUGGAAUUUUGGACCCCGCUGGCCGGAGUGGUGGGAUGAUGUGCAGUUCCCCACGGAGAGUGAGGAGGCGUGGCAUCAGGCGACGAGUGGACGGUAUCAGGAGUUUGAUUCGGAAGCGAGUGUGGAGUUGGAGACGGAUGCGGCGGUGGUGGCGGCGGAUUCGGGACGGUUGGGGGAGGAGAUUGUGUAUUUGACGAAUUCGGCCAGUGGGUUGAGGGCGCAGAUGACGGCGGUGAAGAGUAAUACGACGAAUAUUAAGGGGAUUGUGUGUUAUGAGAGUUUUGGGUAUGUGUUUCCGGAUACGGCCGGGGUCGCGCCGGGGCCGGGGCUGAAUCCGUUUGGGCCGAUUGUGGUGCCGGAGGAGGAGUUUAAGAAGCUGGCCAAGGUGAGGUCGAUUCAGUUUUUGUUUGGGGAUCAUCGGGAGGAGAGCUUUAUUUAUUUGAACCAGUCGAGGCAGGCGGCGGAGUGGAUUAAUAGUUAUGGGGGGAAUGCGGAGGUGAUUUUGUUGGGGAAGGAAAAGGGGCUGAAGGGGACGACGCACAUUGCGUUUGCGGACUUGGACAAUGACAAGGUGGCGGAGUUGUUGGAUGAGUAUUUGGAGGAGAAUCGGCUGCACCACUAUGCGGAGGAUGAGGAGAAAUGA